AUGCCGCUGCAUAUCGGCUGGACAGGCCUUGAGCCUCUAUUGGCUGGAUGCCAGGGCAUCCGUGCGCCAGCGCCGUUUGCUGGUGAGUUUGGCCAUCAAGGUCAACACGUGCAGCACCGUGACCUUUGGUUGCUCACGAGACUUCAAGGAGAAGCCUACCGAGCCACUGAACACUUAGCAGUUGCGGACUUGCGCCGAAAUGAUGGUUGGUUGCAAGUCAUUCGGGCCUUGGAUACCCACUAUGCCUUCUUGCCAGAGACUGAGUUGCAUGAAGCAAUUGAUAGCUUCCUGUUUGACCUGCGGAAAAAGCCCCAUGAAGGUGCCACAGCCUUUGCAUCGAGGUUCAAAACAGCCUUGUCCCGAGUUCAAGCACUGAUAGCCCAGGAGAGGCCAACAGCCAAGACCAAGAAAGUUGGAAAGAAAGGAAAGGGUUCUGUUGCCAGUGCCGAGCCCGACAAUAGCAGCUUAGAACCUAGUGAUGAUGGGUCCGAACCAGGAUCAACCAGUCGUGAGCCAGCAGCCGCCCCAGUUGAUGCAUCCGCAGAAGCAUCCGGCCAAGCAGCAGGUAGUGUGCGAUCUGAAACCCCUGCACCAAAAGCCGCAGCCUCACCGCCUGGUGAUGCUGAUGAGCAAAGAACUGCCCGGAGUCAUGAUACAUCCGAGCAGAGACGUCGCCGUCAUAGCAGUCGAGGUUCCAGAGGUACGCACUCAGGUGAUAGAAAGAAAGAAGAGCUGAAAAUGGCAUACAUGCUAGGAACCAUAGAGGUUGGCCACACCAAGCCUUCGCCGAUCUUUCCGUCCACUGUUUUGGGUCAUUUGUUCAUGCGCAAAUAUGGUUUGAGCCGAGAGCAGAGAGCCCAAGUCAUCCGUGCCACUGGCGGUUCAUCCCGCUUUGCAGAAGUCGAGAGGAUUCUCCGUGCCUCCGAUUUUGAUGAAUCCCGCAGCCGUCAUGAUGAAAGACGCCCACACAUGCACCAUGGCAGUUCCCGCACUCCCCGACGGGAAUCAUAUGCAGUUGCCCACCGUGAGCACGAUGUACAUGCCAUGGAAGAUGAUUCGUCCGAUCUGCAAGAGCCUUUGACGAGUGGUUCAGGUUCCGAUGAUGCAUACAUGGCUGAUCAACAUGCUGAAGGUCCUCCUGACCAAGAUGAGAAUGAUUCCGACUUGGAGUUGCAAGAGAUAUACGAGAUGAAACAAAAAGCCAAGAAAGACUUCAAGAAGUCAUUCAAGACCUACAAAGAAAGCCGUAGAAGGGUCAAGGAAAUAAAGAAAGCAAGACAGCCAUACUACCCAGUAGUUGCCUUGAGUCAGCCAGGUGAUAGCAGUGCCAGCACUUUGCAGCCUGCCAAUGCCUCAUCUGCACCAAAGAAACAAGAGUUCAGGUAUGACAAGUCCAAGCAGCAAAAAGUGUUUCCGCCAAAGCGUCAGCCACGGAAAGAAGAUGCCCAUUUCACCACUGGGACCGUAGCCACUGACUUUGCUUAUAUGGUUGUCACACAAGAGUGGAACAACGAAAGUCCUACCUUGGAUGUUUUAUUGGCCUCCAUUCCCGAUGGUUUUGCAAUCAUUGACACUGGAUGCACUACAAGCGUGAUAGGUCUUGACACUGCAGUUCGCUUCCAGAAACUCUUCGAGCAGAAGGGCCUCCCUAGCCCUGAAAAGUGCACUUUGCCAGCUGUUGAGUUGAAAGGCUUCAGUGGGGACCGUAGAAUCACCACCUAUGGACUGAAAUGGACAGUGAAGAUUGGAGAACUUUGGGGUACUAUCACAACGUACGUGGUCAAUGGCCCUACACCUUUUCUCUUGUCAAGGCGAGUUCUGGAAGGGAUGGAAGCCAAUCUGGAUAUGGGAAAAGGAACAAUCAGUAGCACCAAGCAUGGUAUGAAAGAUGUGCCGUUGAAACGUGCUGCAAAUGGCCAUUUCCUUUUGCCGUUUUGUGAUGAGCCUUCAGAGUUUGAGCCCACAUGUCCGCCUUCCUGUAAGAGUGCAGAUGUAGCCAUCACUGAUGCCACAGAUGGCUCACCUGAUGUUGUCUCCGUGUCAGAGUCCGAGACUGCUGGAUCCGAAUCAGCAGUGCCAAGCAAUGAGCCCAAUGACAAAGCCGCAGAAGAUGCCACAACAUCCAGUUCCAUGGAGAGGCGUGACAAACCGCCGUGCCGUCGAACUAGGAAGCAAGUUUUGCAACAUGUUGUGAAGAACACUAGGAAGGGUGUUGUAAAUGUGGAUAGGUUUAGAAAUGAACUUGUCCAGUUGUUUGGAAGUAGAGCCUCAGAAUGCACGCAUGCAUAUGUAGCAUAUAGGCCAAGGUUAGAACGUAUUCCAGAAGAUGCUGAUAAGCAGCCAUACUUGAGAAGUAUCGCAACCCUGACCAGUGAGGGUGAAAUGUCCAUACAGCCAUGGAACACCCGUGCCGCAGGCAGUGAGAAGGCCAGAGUUGUACAGACCAACAUAGCCCUGUAUGUUUACAUCCCAGUGCAAGGUGUGCAGCUUCCGCCGAAGCCUGAAUCCGAGAAACACUCCGGAUGCCAUUGUCUCUGCUGCAGCGAAGAUUACGAUCAGGUUCUUGACGAGUUGAGAAACUGGUUAGGUCCACAAGCUCCAGCCUUAGAUAGCCCAGUUCACAUGAUCGAGGUGUUCACUGACCAUGCACCACUUGCCAGAAAAGUUUCCGAACGUACUGGUAAGAGCAGUAUCAUUUUGGGUUUGAACCAUGGACAAGAUUUCAACAGACUUCAGGACCGACGUUUGCUCAUGUACCUGUUAGCUGUUCUAAGGCCGAAACAUGUUUGGUUUUCUUUUCCAUGUGGUUGCUGGGGACCCUGGAGCCGUUUCAACAUUGCCAAGGGUGGCAAAUCACAAACCACAGUUUUGCAGCAGAGAAAGGAAGCAAGGCGCCACUUGCGUGCAGUUUCUGAAGCCUGGCAACUUCAACGCUUGCUCGGAGGACAUUGUCAUGCAGAAAACCCACUCACCUCAGAAGCAUGGUCCGAGAUUUUUGUAGGUGAAGUUUUCGAUGUACGCAUGGACAUGUGCAGUGUAGGAAUGCGAUGCCCCAAGACAAAUGUUCCACAAAUGUUGCGUUUAGCCAAGCGUUGCAAGUCCUCAGCGGAAAUGCAGACAGCCAUCAAGCAGUUCAAGUGUUCCGUUUGUGAAGAGCUUAAGGUGACCAACCGCGUGCUGAGACAUAUGGCCCAACGAAAAGUGGUAGGCACAGAAAGUGAAAGCGGUGGUCCCACGCCACGUGUGGUUUGGGUGUCCUACAAUGGAUAUCUUUACCGCUGCAGUCCAGAAGGUUUGAGACCAGUUCCCGAGGACGAAGCUGAGUUUAGAAGCCUUGCCAGAUCCCUAGCCGAAGGGAGAUUGCACCCAGAGCUGGAAAACGCAGAACAAAGUGUUUCAAGUAGGUCAGGCCAGUUUGCUGAUCUCACCAAGGAACAUGAGCCUAUGGAUGAGGACCAUGAACUGGAGGAAGAUCUAUGGGAGGAACCUAAUGAUCCCGAAAAAGAACUUGAUGAAGGUGAUCCAGCCGUGCAAUCCGAGCAAACUUCUCAUGCUGAUCCGAGCGUUGCAGCCCAGGAAUCUCCAGCAGAUCCAUCAACCGAUGGUGCCGAUGCCAUGAAACAACCAGAUCCACCACCAGAGGAAGUAGAGAUCAACUAUAGGAAACUCAGCGUAGAAGACAAAGCAAAGUUCGAAGUAGCCAUGAAAAAGGUACACCGAUACGUGAUGUUUCUCUCUUACGGCAGUGUGCCGGACAGCUGGCAUGGGCCGCUGGGUCCACACGGAGAUGCAGGCCAUGCCAAACGUGCAAAUGGAGACUCACAAGGUGGUUACCUGCUAGGUCUCACCAAUCCAAGCAUGCGCGACCGCAAGCAAGCACCGAUGUGGUUGGUAGACUGGGCCAGCAAAAAGCUGAAAAGAGUUGUGAAGUCGUCCACAGCGGCUGAAACUCAUGCCGGAAUCAAUGCAAUGGAUGCAAUUGAGUUCUUUCAAGCCUUGUUAGCAGAGACAAUUCAUGGUAUAACCCCAAAACAGUUCAGACUGCAGGUGCCAAAACACACCGCCUUGUUGGCUGUGGAUUCCAGAGGUUUUUACGAUGCUGCAAGCAAGUUGAGCAGUGCGUCAACCAGUGAAGAAAAGAAAUUGGAAAUCGACUAUGCCAUAGCGCGUCAAGCCAUUCAAAUGUCUCGCAAGAUGCAGAAGUCCGAUCCAAGCGCACCAUUGACGCCAGAUGAGUUCAAUGUUGUGUGCCAUCUCGUGACUCGUGCAGCCAUGAAUGGACAGAGUGUCGAGCUGUUCAACCUUCUCUUUCGUGAGAAUCCUGGAUUGAGCGACCUGGUGAAAGAUGAUGUAGCCAAGGGAGCCACCGGCAGCAUGCAUGCCAACGGCAGCAUGCAUGAUGGCAGCAAGCGCCAGCGUGACGUGGCCGAUCCUUUUGAUUUUCCUGAAGGUGUGAAACUGCAAGAGAAUGUGAAGAUCCCACUGGGGAAUGAGGUCACAGACAUCGAUGAUUGGUCCACAACCAAGUUGACCAUGAAGAAGUACGAGAGUAAGGGAUGGAGAUACUCCAAUCUUGUGGAAGCCGCCAAGAAUGACAAAGAGGUUCAGAAGUACAUGACCUGGAUUGUGAAGACUUACGGAAAGGACAUUUCCGAACCUUGUGAGAAUCAGGCGACCGAUCUCGCCCGUUUCCUACUCCGUAUCAACUGGUUGGAAGUGAUUCGUGAUGCCGCUGCAUAUCGGCUGGACAGGCCUUGGGUGGCGCAGCGCGGGUUCGCCCUGUUCCAGGCAGCCCUCCGGGAGUUAGCAGAGAUGCUCCACAAGGCCAAGAAGGAAUGCCGCAUGAAACAGAGCCAGAACUGUUUGCCCCUGCUGCAGGACUUACGCAAGCGGAUGUGGCCCUACGUCCUGGGGGAACUGGCAGAGACCGGUGCAGGCUUAGACUUCGCUCCCAAUAAGAUCCUCGAGGACCGCGUGCCCAAGCCCGCCAUCUUCCGUGCAGCGCUGAAGCCCAAGCUGUGUAAUGGAAAAGGACAAGCUAUGUACUUUGUGGAUCUGACAGAAACCAAGAAUAAAGGCCUCUUACAGGACCUAAGCAAGGUCAGCCGGGGGCACUUGAAGCUGCGGUCAAAAAAUGCCAAGGUCAAGAGCUGUAAGAACUUGGUACCCAAGGGUGAGCCUCGUCAGCGGCAGAACACCUUCGUGUUGAUCCGGGAUCCCUUGGCUCGUUUCAUCUCGGGCUAUGCUGCCAUUGAGAAAGAGCUCAAGCAGAAAGAAGCUGAAGGAUUGGCCAUGGAGGAGUAUCAGUUUCUUAGCGAAGCCAAGAACAACCUCACUAAGCGGGCCACUCUCUUCUUGCAUCGUUUCUUUAAAGAUGGCGCCAACUACAGCAGUCACGUUUCUUCCAUGUCUGAGUAUGUCGGCAGCGUCAGCAGCACAUGUCGGGAGCUUCCGAAGCAGUGGUUUGCAAAGGUGGAGAAUGCGACCCAGACCUGGACCAUGUUUCUGAAGAGAAGGGGCUGCAAGAAGGCCCUGGAAAGUUUCACCUCUUUCAAUACAACUGAGAGAGGAGGAAAAUAUGAGGUGGCCAUGAGCUCGACCAUCGCGGAUAGAGAAAGUCCCUUUACGCCUUCCGAUAACAAGAUCUUCGUGGACGGCAACGCCUCCAAGGCCUCCAAGGCCUCCAAGGCUUCCAAGAAAUCCUUGCUGUCGAUGGAUGCUGCCGAGAGCUCCUAUGGGAUGGUCAUGAGCCAAUUGAUGGGCUUGAACAACUAUGUCUACCUGAGAGCCUUUUGUUGGCUGAGCUUGCCGGAUUAUGUGAUCUUCGACUAUGGUUUGCCACAGCCUUGUCAUCGCGAGGAUAUGGACGUCAUUUUAAAACUCUCCAAGCAGAAGGUUGAAGAAGACCCACUGAUGAAUCCUGGCAAGAAGAAUAAGCAGAAUAAGAAGAACAAGAGAAAGCAGGGCCUAGAUUGGAGCAAGGUGAUGAUAGAUCCCAUGGUGGAAAAGAAGGAGAAGGGACCGAUUCUUGGCGAUUCUGGCAGAAUGAGGACAACGAAGGUGAUGGGAUAUAAAGAUGUGAAGAUUGUGAAGACGGGCUCUGCAGGAAUCGGUCAGGGACUCCUGGCAGAGUCUUCAAAGAGUAGUCGGGCGGCGUUGAAAUCAGCGAAGACUGAUCGCGCCCAAGAAAUGUUGGAAGAUCAACUGCACAAAAGCAUCCCCGGACGAGAUGAUCCAGAUGUGGAGGAUCAAAAGAGUGAAGAAACUCAGGACACGCAAAAUGAGGUGGUUGCCAUGGAGACGCCUUUGAGGCAUUUCGAACAUUCCAACAGCGUCUUCAACUUUCGCGCCCAGAUGUCAUCGAAGAAGUCCAGCAAGCCGAACCGUCCUGACAGUGGCGAUUUGUCCAAGAUGAUUCGCCAGGACCCGGCAUGGCAAGCGGCUCAAAGGUCGAAGGUCACGAAUCCACUCAGCCCGGAAGGUCCCGAAUCUGAGUCGGAGAUUGCAGAGGUAGAUGAUGUGUGA